AGGAGAUGUGAGGGGAAAGGAGGGGUGAUGCUGCGGCAAGGUACUGCGCGGCUUCAGUCCUCGGGGUAGCGCGUCGGCGGUCGGUUAGUGCUACCAAGUCGCGUAACGCCACGCGUCUUUUGUGCCGUUCUUAAAGUUUGUUAUAUCAUGAGGCAACGUGUGAUGGUCCAGUGUCCAAUUGAGAUGGAAAACUUAGCAGAACUAGGUCCAGUUAUAGCUGAAAGUGUAACAGUACGGCAAACUAGCGACUAGAGCAGUUUGUUGAAAUGUAAGUGCACUUAGGGUU